GCUUCAUGUAUGCGUGUGCGCCCGUGCUCCCGAGUGCGCAUGGGGCGCUGGCUUAGUGAAAUUGCAUAAUCUUCAAACCCACUAUGACUUUCACGCAUGUCGUCUCAAGUCAGUGUCUGAAGACGCAUUUCUGCCCACCAUGUAGACAAAAAGGAGGCUCUCGGCGGCGUCUCCGUUGCACUGAGUGUCGGGGCUGCGGUUCAGCAACAGAUCUGCGGGAUUGUAUGGAAAUGCCGGUUUAUGUGGCGCAAAUCUGCCCGAAAAGGAAAAAGGAAAAAGAAAAACAUGCAUAUUUGACUAGGUGACGUUAUUGAUCCCAACCAGCUGGCAUUAAUCGAGACGAUCUCUCGUGUUUUGAGGACGUUCUCCUCUGGGUGUCUACCAGAGGCAGAGGCUACCUGCGCAGCCACCGGCGCGUCACACAGAGAGUCGCUCCGUUGCGGAGGAAAGCGGUGGAAGAAGAUCAUUGUGCUGAUCCCAGCACCUUCGCUUAAUAAGGAGAGCACCGACACCUCCUUGGACGUCUCCCUCCGCCCUUUUUCUUUUGCCAAUCGCCACCCCACGGCACCCUGCCCGGAGGAGAGGAGCCGGGGAGGGGAAAUCGAGGACACACCCGCGCAACACUGUACGCGGUGUACACGGCAAGGAUGCUGCAGACAACAUGAGGUGAAUAGCAUCGACUGUCCCGAAUUGGAAAUCCAUUUCCACCCCCCCACCCCACCUGAGCUGGAGACGGGAGACCCGUUUGCCGCAGCUGGUCAUAGCCGUCCACCCUCUCUGACACCAGCCGGAGCGUCCAGCCUCACCCGGGGAGGAAAAAAGAUGUCUGUGGUCAGAUCCAAGGUGUCAUCCUGUGGCCUGUAGGUCUUCACUCUGUUGAGCCCCCACCUUCUCCUGGCCCCCGCCUGCAGUUCUCCAGGCUGCAGGACCCAGACAUCCUGAAAGGUGCAGGCCUCCCCGCCCUGCAGAAUGACUGUUGCCACAGGCGACCCCUCUGACGAGGCAGCCGCACACCCAGGGCACCCCCUGGACUACGACCCGGAGGCCGACCAUGAAUGCUGCGAGAGGGUGGUCAUCAACAUCUCAGGGCUGCGCUUUGAGACACAACUCAAAACCCUCUCUCAGUUUCCAGAAACUCUGCUGGGGGACCCCAAAAAGAGGAUGCGCUACUUUGACCCGCUGAGGAACGAGUACUUUUUCGACAGGAACAGACCAAGCUUCGAUGCCAUAUUGUAUUACUAUCAGUCCGGAGGCCGGUUGAGGAGGCCGGUCAACGUCACCCUUGAUAUCUUUUCGGAGGAGAUUCGCUUUUAUGAGCUUGGUGAGGAGGCCAUUGAGAUGUUCAGAGAAGACGAAGGCUUCAUCAAAGAAGAGGAACGGCCUCUUCCUGACAACGAGUUCCAGAGACAGGUGUGGCUCCUCUUCGAGUACCCAGAGAGCUCAGGUCCUGCUAGGAUUAUUGCCAUAAUUUCUGUCAUGGUCAUCCUGAUAUCUAUUGUCAGCUUCUGCUUGGAGACUCUUCCCAUAUUCCGCAAUGAUGAGGAUGAUAUGCACAAGUCCCACACUCAUGUUUUUUCACCUGAGACCAACUCCACAAUAACUACCUAUACAAACGCCUACUUCACCGACCCCUUCUUUGUCCUAGAGACCCUCUGUAUUAUAUGGUUCUCCUUUGAGUUUUUAGUGCGCUUCUUUGCCUGCCCAAGCAAAGCGGGCUUUUUCGGUAACAUAAUGAACAUCAUUGAUAUUGUUGCCAUCAUUCCUUACUUCAUCACUCUUGGCACCGAGCUGGCAGACAGGGGAGAGGAUGGUCAGCCAGGACAGCAAGCCAUGUCUUUAGCCAUUCUCAGGGUUAUCCGCUUGGUGCGAGUCUUCAGAAUCUUCAAGCUGUCCCGUCACUCCAAGGGACUUCAGAUUUUGGGUCAGACCCUCAAAGCCAGUAUGAGAGAGCUUGGCCUUCUCAUAUUCUUCCUCUUCAUAGGGGUCAUCCUGUUUUCCAGUGCGGUUUACUUUGCCGAAGCAGAUGAGCCCGAGUCUCAGUUUGAGAGCAUCCCAGACGCAUUUUGGUGGGCCGUGGUGUCCAUGACAACAGUCGGCUACGGUGACAUGGUCCCGACUACGAUUGGCGGCAAGAUCGUGGGCUCCCUCUGUGCCAUUGCAGGUGUGCUGACCAUCGCCCUGCCAGUGCCUGUCAUUGUGUCCAACUUCAACUACUUCUAUCACCGUGAGACUGAAGGUGAAGAGCAGGCUCAGUAUCUGCAGGUCAACGUGCCCAAAGCCGAUUCGGCCGAGGAGCUAAAGAAGAGCCGCAGCGGCUCCACCAUCAGUAAAUCGGACUACAUGGAAAUCCAGGAGGCUGUGAACAACAGCAACGAGGACUUUCAGGAAGAGAACCUUAAGACGGCCAACUGCACUCUUGCUAACACGAACUAUGUAAACAUCACUAAGAUGCUCACUGACGUGUAGGCUGAGUAUUUUCCUGCCCGUCACAGUGGGAAAUCUAAAACUGUACAGCCGGAUGAGAGAGAACAAUAACCUCCUACCACACGUGUGAUGGAAAAAUCAAGGCAAUAGAAUACAGAAUGUCGAUGAUGAGUAAGAAAUAAUCCAAAAGCUACUUCUUCCCUUUGCACCAAGUUUUAAAAUGCUUUCUUUAAAACUCCUAAAAAAAAAAAUAUUGAAGUUCUACGUUUUGAAUUUCUGCAUGGAGUUGUCUUUGUCUGGUUAGCUGCUACAAAAAUUGACAAUAUCCUAAAGCGUCCUGCUCACCACUGUAGCCAGCAGUUGCACACACGCAAAAGACACUAAAGCGAACCCAAACUUCAUGCUUUUGACCCUUGCCCCCUUUAUCAGUCAUUUCCCAUGGCACGCAACUCUGACGUGCUUUCUGAAGAGCCUGCUGUGUACCACAUAUGCUGCUUCUUGACGCUAAUGAAACAAAGUUGUCCUAUGCUUCAACAUUUAGAGAUAAAAGGAUGUGUGAGCACAAACCAAGCCCACGCCAAAGCUGAUUGGGCCUCUGGGUGACUUGUGACGAGGCUCGUGGUUAAGUACACCAUGUUAUUAGAAGGAUGAAUGACAGCCAUCGGCUCUAAGCCUAAUGGUUUGACACCCUUUCCCCCUGAAGACAUCAGUAUCUGAUGACUGACUGACAAUGGCCUUGAAUUUUCACUGCUAUGGUCUUAUAUGUACUCUAUGUAUUGCAAUGCAAGCUUCCCCACCUCCAUUCACCCAAACAGGUCUUACUGCAAAGCUUUGAGACAUCUUGAAUGUUUCUUCUUGUUUAGUACUUCACUGUUUCACUGUUGCAGUGUUUAUCCAUAUAGAUAGGUAGCUUAACUGUGACUUAACUGAUAUCCGAUAGGUAGGUAGGAAGAAAACAUAGUCAGUAGAUUACUGCAUGACAAUUUAUCUCAAUGAGAAGUUCCACUUGUUUCUCGACUGCCACUUGCUUCACCUGGCCACUGUAUAUCUGUCUGUACACUGCCUUCUGUGCAAAUCCACACUUUUAAAGGAUGCCUGCAGGUAGCUAUUAACCUAAAACUGUACGUUUGAGAACUUUUUGACUGAUAAAUUAACAAUAAGGUCAUUUUCUACAUGUAACAAGAUGCGUAUCAAUAUUUACAUUCCAGAAGUCAUUGCCGUUCAACUUAUGCCAGGCCGCUGUAAACUGAGCUGUGAUUGGGGACGUAAACUGAUAUUCUGCUGCUUUUGCAUAUAGAAAUCUCAGCCUCGGUGAUCAAAGUUUCGCAGCUGUGUCUGUUUCACGGGCUCGUCCAAUUGCGUCCUUGUUAUCAAAAUAGCAACUGUUAAGAAGUUGUGCGUCAAAAAAAAAAGAAGCUAUACCUGCCUUUCGUCUGGGUUUACGCCGUUCACAUAGUGUUGCAUGACCUUAAAGCAUUCCUAGCAUGCAUGUAAGCUAAAAGAGGAAGCAAAUAAGGCAAUAAGAUCAAAAUAAUUCAAUAGAUAUAUUUAUUUCUUAUAUGUAAAACAAUAUAUCUUUAUAGACAGAUCACAUGUACGCCACACAUAUGCGUUCUUUGGAGAUCCUAAAACCCAAAAGAGUAAGCAUGAGCUUCCUACGGUGUGCGGCUCUUUGCAAGGCUAUUUUUUAACAAUAUUGAUAAUUGUUCCGUUGAGAGUGCCAAAGUCACACUGUCACUCUGCAUCUUAAGAGGUUACCUUUACCGAUAGCUUUUAGAGAAAUGGACACAAGCCCUGUAGCUUAACCGAAACAUUUGUAUGCUUCGUUUGUAAACUGCCCUCGGCAAAUUAGCUGUUCACCACCAGGUUGAUCUUUGCCCUAAGACUGACUUUCUUUUUCGUUUUUUUACCAAAAAGUUUUUACUAACAUUGGAUCGGUCACAAUGUCAGUGAAGUCUAACUGCCCCCCUGAGACAUCGCUGAUGCCAGAAGAUCAAUAUAUCUUUCAAAGCUGGCCUUGGACAUGAUUAAGUUCUCGGAUUGCAUGCAGCUAAUACUUUCCACAGUUCGCUCAACACUGCCAAGGUAACAGUCAAAGGCAGUCACAUUAAUAUGGGAGGUGAUAAUUAGCAGCGGCGUGGCAGACAUCGUCUGACUCGGAUAUGGACGGACUACGCCCCUGUGUCUCUUGCCUUUUCUGCUUUUUCUCAUGUUCAAUACAGUUACAGCUGGUUAUUGCUUAGAAGAAGGCGUGUAGCACGAACUGUUGUUGACAUCUGUAAACGCAGGAUUCGCAUCCUCGUCACUAGGGUUUUCCUUUUCACCGCUGCAUUCUCGACCUGCAGAAGCAAAAUGUUUCAAUGCCAUCGCUGCCAAUAUGUGCUCAGGAUGCAUCAUCCAACUGCCUGACAUGAGGCCUCUUAAGUCGUCUCUGUCCAACCUGGAGGUUUUUAGAGUUGUUGUUUUUUUUUAUUUACAACUAUGUCACGGGUGGUUUAAGGCAAAUUAAGAUUUUAAAUUACUACUGACUCAAGGUAGAGUAACAAUAAGUAGCUUUUUUUCUUUUUAGCAAUAAGCCCAUUCUACUUUGGUGGACCACACUAUGCGAUAAUGUGCAUAGUUCUUUAAUGAAAUGUUUAUUCUAACAGACUUCUUCCAUUCGGUUCAGAUUUUUUCUCCCGGGUACCGAUUUGGGUGAGCCAAUGCCCAGCGAGCAGUAAUGUCCAUGUGCGACAGGGAGGAAGAAGAACCUCUGAAUGUCAGUGUCAUUGUCUGAUUCUACAACUGCAUUUAUGCAACCGCCAUCUGUAUGUGUGUGGGGGGGGGGGGUAAAAACUCACAGUCUGACCAAAAAUAGUUGUCUAUGCAUGCAAAUGCACCAUAUAUUUAUGUCUUCAUUCAUCUUCUGUUUGACAGUUAUGAAAAAUGCUAGCACCUCGACAUUUAUCCGUAACGCAAUAGGUGUGUGAACGGGUUUCAGCCUGACUCACUGUAGCAACUCAUGCACUGGAGAUCACAACUCGGCUGUUGAACGUCCACAACUGUUUCUGUUUAAAGCACAAAAAGACAAGAGUUGACUUUAAGAAUAUCAUUUCCUCACCCACUGAGGGACCCACCAGCAUAUUCCACGCCAUGAGCAGGGUGAGCUGCAGCGAAUACGCUGAAGUUGAUUAGAAGCUGGUAGUGUUUUUGGGGAAAAUGGAAGGUUUGAGUACAGAUUUGAUUUAAUGUUUUAUCUGUAAUCAGUUCCUUGCUGGUUCAAAGAGCUGACAGAGCUUUUGAACAGGAACCACAAGGCUAAGCUAAAGCUUUUUAGCUGAAGGGGAAAUAUUAACUGUGUAUUUGAACUGCCUUGUCAGCUCUUUGCAGAGAGACCCCCCGCCCUCCCCCUCCCCGAUAUAACUCAACCAUACAAGAAGGAAGAUAAUCAAUAUGCAAACCGUGUGUAAAAGGCUGUGUUUGAAUAUCAGUGUCCUUUCUUUUUCCUUUGGACCCAAAGUGUGGCAUCCACUAAAGACAACAUGUAUAGCUGUUCAUCUCACCUCUGCUCUCCUGUAUCAUAGAGGCCAACAAUGCUGAUACAGUGGAUACGAUUUUUCUUUCUGUGAAAUGAAAUGUAGAACAAUAUUGUAAAUAAUCAUGAAAGGAUAAUGGAGAAAGAACACAUGUACUACAUAUUGUAUGUAAUGUUUGGAUUCAAAAGUAGUAUUAUCAGCACUUUACAAUAAAAAGGACAAUCUACA